AGUAUUUAUAUUGUCAAGGACACAGCAGCUCUUACUUGAAGGUCAGCAUCGAACCCGUGGUUGUUGUCUCUCUUCUGCAGGGUUUUGAUCGGUUCUAGCACAUUUCCAAACAUAAAAACGACGAGAUGGCAGCUUAUACAAUUGUUUUUGUGAGGCACGGUGAAAGCGAAUGGAAUCAGAAAAAUCUUUUCUGUGGCUGGUUUGAUGCUGAUCUCUCAGAAACCGGCGUCAAUGAAGCUAAAAGUGCUGGAAAGAUGCUGAAAGAAAAGGGUUUCACAUUUGAUACUGCUUACACAAGUGUAUUGAAGAGGGCUAUCAAAACAUUAUUUUUAAUCCAAGAGGAACUUGAUCUCCACUGGAUCCCUGUAACCAAACACUGGCGAUUGAAUGAAAGACAUUACGGCGCCUUGCAGGGUCUUAAUAAGGCAGAGACUGCCAAAAAGUAUGGUGAAGACCAAGUGAAAAUCUGGAGACGAUCUUACAACAUCCCACCUCCAAGUCUUGAAGACGGUGACCCUCGUUGUGCUAGUAACCAACCUGCUUAUGCCCUUCUCGAUAAAAAGCUCGUUCCUAAACGUGAAUGUCUUGAAGAUACAGUUGCAAGAGCUCUGCCUUUCUGGCAUGAUGUCAUCGUACCAGCACUAAGGACUGGAAAGAAACCCAUUGUCGCUGCUCACGGAAACAGCUUGCGUGCUUUGGUGAAAUAUUUAGAUAAGAUGUCAGAAGAGGACAUUCUUGGUCUUAAUAUCCCAACAGGUAUUCCACUUGUGUAUGAACUGGACAAAGACAUGAACCCCAUCAAGCACUACUACGUGGCUGAUGAAGCUGCUGUGAAAGCUGCUAUUGAUAAGGUCGCUUCUCAAGGCAAGGCUAAGUAAAAGCUGAACACUUAACAACAAAACCUUUUUUUUUCUUCAUAAAAGAAAGAAGACAGCCAUUUUCCUUGAUUAUUCUAACUUCUCUAAUCAUUUAAGUUUUUAAUUAAAUGGUCAUUAUGAAAAGAAUGACCAGUUGCUGUACUCUAUUUAUUUCAUUGUUUUUCUAUAUUUAUGGAGAAUAAAUUAUACCUUACA